AAAUUUGUCUUCAUCCACUCCAUUCCAGUCAGCAGUCUUCAUAUGACCUGAUAAAAUAUUCAAUGUUCCUAACUUCGAUGAACAUAGUUGCAGUCAAGAGUUCCCAAAUCUGCAGAAACCCAUUGCCUGCAUCUAUCCCAGUUUCUUUGUAUGACCAACCUCGAAUCAAAUUCAAUCCAAAGCUACAAGCUUUCGAGUGUGUCACUGUGACCCGACACAAACUCAAUCCAAAAUGAAUCAAAGAAACAACCGCCGUCUCGUCCUCUUCCCUGUGCCGUUCCAGGGCCACAUCAACCCAAUGCUCCAACUGGCUCAGAUCCUCCACAACCGAGGCUUCUCCAUCACCAUCCUGCACACCGACUUGAACGCUCCCGAUCCGUCCUCACACCCCCACUUCGCCUUUCGCUCCAUCGGCGACGGCCUUGGCCAGUCAGAGGUCUCCACAUCAGACUUGGUCCGCUUGAUGGCGCUCAUCAAUGCCAGGUGCGCUGCUCCCUUCGAGGAACGCUUGAGAGAAGAAGCGUCAUCCCCGGACACGCCGAUCACGUGCCUGAUAGUGGACGCCCUGUUCGGGUUCACACGGGAUGUGGCGGAAAGGGCAGGAGUGCGCAGGAUGGUGUUACGGACCGGCGGUGCCACGUCGCUUCGUGUUUUCGCCAGGUUUCGGCUGCUCAGGGAAAGAGGGUACCUCCCAAUAGAAGUAUCAGAAUGUCGACUAGAAGAUCCCGUGGCCGAGUUUCCGCCAUUACAAGUGAAGGACCUUCCAGGAAUCAACACUGCGGAACCCAAACAGCUCGACCAGCUUCUGAGUGACAUGAUUGAGGGACUCAGGGACUCUGCAGGAGUCAUCCUGAACACAUUCGAAGACCUCGAGCAGCCUGCUCUUUCUUUACUCCGCCAAGAAUAUCCGAUCGCAAUUUUCCCAAUCGGCCCAUUUCAUAAAUGCAGUUCAUCUUCUUCGGGUAGUCUCUUGGCGGAAGACCAGAGUUGCAUUUCCUGGCUAGACAAACAAGCCCCUAACUCAGUGGUCUACGUGAGCUUCGGAAGCAUCGCCGCCGUGAGCGAGUCGGAAUAUUCCGAAAUAGCUUUAGGUCUAGCCGAUAGCCAGCAGCCGUUCUUGUGGGUGGUUCGACCGGGGUCAGUGCACGGCUCGGAAGCUCUAGAGAAGUUGCCCAGUUGCUUUCUGGCGGCUUUAGAGGAGAGGGGGAAGAUUGUGACAUGGGCUCCUCAACAAGAAGUGCUGGCUCACCGGGCUGUCGGAGCGUUUUGGACUCACAACGGAUGGAACUCGACUCUUGAGAGCAUUUCUGAAGGGGUUCCGAUGAUAUGCAUGCCCUGUUUCUCGGACCAAAAGGUCAAUGCGAGAUUUGUGAGUGACGUUUGGAGAGUAGGACUGCACUUGAACAACGGGCUGGAGAGAAGGAAGAUUGCAGAGGCUAUCCGAAAGCUGCUGGUGGAGAAAGAACGGGAAGAGGUAAGAGAGAGGGCAGCACAAUUAAAGGAGAAGGCGGAUAGUUGUUUGCGGCAAGGAGGGUCUUCGUUCCGAUCCCUGGAUGGAUUGGCCAAUCAUAUCUUAGCAUCUGAAUCGUUCGUCUUCGGCUCUAACGAAUCGUCAGCAUAAACCGCAGCUGCGAUCUCAGGUGACACCCGUUUCUUUGAAGACAUUCCUAUUCCUGUCUACAGCAGGAGCAUGGGUCAGGUAUGGCCGCCUGAAUUCACACGAUGGACAUUUUCCGGCUUGUUUAUCAGCUUUAGUAGUUUUGGGUGGUUUGGUUUAAGCUUUUGGUUUUGUUGUGGACAUAUGAUGUGCCCAUCAAGUCACCAGAAAUGAAUUGUUCUGUUUUCACAAGUACUUCCCAGUCACUACUCACUAGCAUCAAAAUCAUGAGCCAGAUGCUUCUUAACCAACCAAUCUAAAGUUCCCACUGGCAUGGUUUUGCUGACUAUUUCAC